AUGACCACUAUAGAGCAGAUCCAAUCGAUUGAUUUGUUGCAAGAUCAGGGUAUUAAUGCUAGUGACAUCACGAAACUACGUGGUGCCGGUAUUUGCUCGAUUGCUUCAGUUUUGUCAACUACAAGAAGAAACCUUGUCAAAAUCAAAGGUUUAAGCGAAGUCAAGGUGGAAAAGAUCAAAGAAGCUGCUGGCAAGAUUAAGACUACUGGAUUCAUUUCGGCAAGUAUUGUUGCAGAGCAACGACAGAAUGUUUUCACAGUUACCACGGGUUCAAAGCAGCUUGAUAGUAUAUUAGGAGGUGGUAUUCCUUCUAUGAGCAUAACUGAGGUAUUUGGUGAGUUCAGAUGUGGCAAGACCCAGUUGUGUCAUACUUUGUGCGUUACUGCACAGUUGCCCAAGGAUCUUGGCGGAGGAGAAGGUCGAGUGGCGUAUAUCGAUACCGAGGGCACUUUCAGACCAGAAAGAAUCAAGUCCAUUGCCGAGAGAUUUGAAGUUGAUCCCGAUAGUUGCCUUGAAAAUAUUUCUUAUGCUAGAGCAUUGAAUAGUGAACACCAAAUCGAACUUGUCGAACAGCUAGGCAACGAGUUGGCAGAAGGUACAUACAGCCUAUUGAUUGUCGAUUCCAUCUUGGCAUGCUUUAGAGUAGAUUAUGCUGGAAGAGGAGAAUUAAACGAAAGGCAACAAAAAUUGAAUCAGCAUUUGAGUUACUUGACAAGAGUCGCUGAGGACUAUAAUGUUGCUGUGUUUUUAACUAAUCAGGUCCAGAGCGACCCCGGUGCCAGUAGUUUAUUUGCUGCAGCCGAUGGAAGAAAACCUGUUGGUGGCCAUGUUUUAGCUCACGCGUCUGCUACUAGAAUUUUGUUGAGAAAGGGCCGUGGAGAAGAAAGAGUAGCGAAAUUACAAGAUAGUCCAAAUAUGCCAGAGAGGGAGUGCAUUUAUGUCAUCAGCGAGGGAGGCAUUAAAGAUAGUGAAUAG